CUACCAGAGCUCUGCCGCUAGACUUAUCUCAUGAAUUUAGCAAUACACUGCCAGCCUUGACUUUCGCAGGUACUGGUCAACGUGCGCGCAGCUUCCUUCUAUCAAAGUUCUGCUGAUAUUACAGCUUCUAAUCGAUAACGUUAUGUGCCCGUUCUCGUUGUUGACAACGUGUUAGAACUGUGGGACCGCAACUAAUUUCUUACAACAUCCUUGGCAUCACAACGUUUCGGCACCUUCGUCCCUCUUGUCUCGCUCGCUCUUUCUAAGGUUGUUAUUGGGCGAGCGUUAGAUGCCUAGCAUUUUCCAAUUCGGCCGGAUGCUAGCGGAGCGGGGACCACCCGGGGUAUAUAAGGGUCGUCGUUACUCCUACAACUCGAAUUGUCCUGCACUACCUAACUGACUUUUUCUGUCAAACCACCUUGGAAAGAUUAUUGCAACGCGACUCUUCUACGAUGCAGUCCUUCACAGCCUACGACAUCACCCAGAAGAAUGGCGAAACAACGCACUAUUACGAAGGAGGUUCCAAGAACGGCAUCCCUCUGAUCUUCAUCCAUGGUUGGCCCGACAUCGCAGAAACGUGGAAACACCAACUUCUCCAUCUUUCUGCGGGAUCGAAGUACCGCGUCAUUGCCCCCGACAUGCGCGGUUACGGUCUUUCUUCGGCCCCUGCCAAUAAACGCGCUUACGCCCUGGAAGCCCUUGUCGCCGAGCUCGUCGAAUUCGCAGAGAAGCUAAAUAUCGAAAAGGCAGUCUGGAUCGGCCAUGAUUGGGGCUGUGGAGUUGUCAACGCGCUCGCUGCUCACCACCCCGAACUGUUCCUUGGACUCGUGUUAUUGGCAGUGCCAUACCGUAGUAUCGAACUGGGACUCAAUUACAUCGUAAAUCUGGUGAACCGAGAUAUUUACCCAAAGGAUGAGUACGAAUGGGGCCCGUGGGAAUACAUGAGGUACUACGAACUUCAUCCUGAAGAGAGUGUCAAGAGCUUUGAGGGACACAUUGAGACCAUCACGAAAGCCCUGUACUCGAAACAUGACCCUAGCAAAUGGGGUAAGCCAGCUGUUACUAGUAGAACGUUGAGAGAUGGAGGAUGGUUCGGUGGACAUCCCGAGAAAAUACCUGACAUACCUCUCGAGUAUACUAUUCUGGACGAGUCGCUACUCGAGAAUUUGCUCAAGAGCCACAAGAAACACGGUUUCUUCCCGCCUACAGCAUACUACUUGAAUCACGAUGUCAACGAGGAGUAUGCGAAGAGCGAAAAGAACGGUGGAAUUUUGGAAUUCCCUGUGCUUUUUAUCGACGCGAAGCAUGACUCUGUUUGCUCGCCCAGCGUGGCCCCCAAACUCGCGGAGAACCAGCAGAAGUUUGUCAAGAACUUGACGUAUGCGACCAUCGAGUCGGGGCAUUGGGUGCAGUUGGAGAAGCCGAAGGAGACCAAUGAGGUUUUGGAGAAGUGGCUCGGUGAGAGGUUUUGACUCGCACGAAAGCAGGAGAAAACCUCGGUGCUGUGAUUCUUUCGUACCUGCAUUAGGUAGCUUGCUAAUCUGGCUACCUUAAAGCUAUGGAUUAUGUAUUGAGAUUCAACAAUACCACACCCUUCUUUUCCACUUUCUAUGCUCUGGAUGCUAAAAACAGUCUCUGCGC